AUGAAGAAUCGUGGAAAAAAUUUCGAUGUUGUACACCACGGUAUGGUACUACUCAGUGAUGGUAAAGGUCGGGGACGACCCGCACGACUGGAACUUACAAAAGAUGUUCUCAUUAUUCAAAUAACUGCUAAAAGCAGUUUUUCCGACGAAACGAAGGAUUCGAUGAUGGAACUUGAUACUAGCAUAAGACAUGUUAAGUUAUGCAAGAAAAGUGACGCUGGUUUAGGAUUAUCAAUCAAAGGUGGUAGUGAUGGCAAUCAGCAAGUUCCGGUUGUCAUUUCAAAGAUUUUCCGUAACACUCCUGCGGAAGCGUGCGGCCAGCUAUAUCUUGGCGAUGUGAUCGUUGAAAUAAAUGGUCAGUCGACAGAUGGCAAAACUCAUGAUGAAAUUGUCCAAAUUUUGAAGGAUACUGGAGAUGAAGUGACUCUUAGUAGCUCAUUAAAAGUACAGUCAUCGGUUCCGGCAGGUGAUAUAACUAGUAUACGAAGUUCGACCGGUCGAGGUACAGCUGAAGACACGCCAGAUGAAUGGAAAACGAUGGCUAAGAUUCCACUACCGAUGGCGUUUAUUACGCGUUAUCUGUGGGGAACUGAUAAAUUGAGAAACAAUGCAUUCGAAGUUCGUGCGGUCGACGGCUCAUCGACAGGUAUUGUACACUGCGAAGAUAAAAAUACUACGGAACAAUGGAUUAAACACAUUCAGAGUCGCAUUACAUCGCUCAAUUAUAAAUCCAUCAAACUGUCAAAUAAAUAUUUGCAUAAAAAUGAGCAGAUAACGUACAUCGGUUGGGUAAGUGAACGAUUACCAGAAGAACAUUUUAAAGAUCCAUGUCAACGUUGGGAACCUCGAUUCAUCAUCCUGAAAGGCGGCGAACUUUGUAUUUUCGAGUCUCCACCACUGAAUUCGGAUGACUUGAAUAAGUGCGUAUCGCUAUACAAAAUUUACGAUACAGCAUUCAAAGUGAUGGAUAGAGAAAAACCGGCGUUAGACAAACGUGAUUAUUGUUUCUGGAUUGAAACAUCCAUAAAUGGAUUGAAACAUUACAUGUCAGUUGAGAAUCAUCAUCAAUUCAAUCAGUUUGACGUAGCUUAUCACCGUUGUCUGCACAGUACUGUCAACAGCUUCCAGACACGCACAUUUGCAUGCAGUUAUCAAGGGCGCCCUAGUGGUUUGGUAAUUGAUAUCAAGCAGGGUAUAAGCUUAUAUGACAUUCCUACAAAGCGCUACUCGUGGCAGUAUCGUUUCUGUGAUUUGGAAUCAUCAUCUGAUGAUGGAAAAAUACGACUCCGACUUAUUUUCCGAGAUAUGCGAAGUUCAUCUAGCAAUAAUUUAGAAAUUAAGGAUAUUGAUAGUGAUGAACUUCUGUUUAUUGUGUACACAAUGCAUGCGUUUUAUGUAACCAAAGUUAUUGGAACGGAUCCGGAUUACCUGAAAACUGUUCCGCUUAUUUAG